AAAAAAACUAUUUUACUGGAAAACACAUUGAAAGACAUACAUAUGUACACAAAGAGAGUGAGUCCUGAAGAGGAGUGAAGAAAUCCGACAUUGCAGAAAAGCAUUGUGUGUUGCGCAGUGUGUGAUCAGCAAAAGUUGGACGCGGGUUAAAGGGGUUGUGGGUCUUGACAGAUCGUGGGCAUAUUAUUUACUUCAUCUGGUGCAUUAAAAAAAAAUAUAUAUAUAAAAGUGUCAUCAAUUGUUAAACCAGGAAAUGAUUAAACUACAUUCAAAAUUAUCCAAAUAAUUUAGACAAUAUUGUCUUUCGUUUCGUCCUCAUCAUCAUUUAGCUACCAAGCAAAGUUUUUAUUAUCAUUUUUAAUUUAAAUUAUUAUUUUUUUUUUUUGUUCCUUUUGUUUCUCGACAACGGUGAUGUUAAAUAAUAUACAUAUUAUUUAGUGCAAGUUAAAUGACAUCUACUCGAGGACAAAGAAUAAUUUUUGCUCAAAAAAAAAAUAAAUAAAUAAAGAAGCUCAUUUAUCACACAUCUGCCCAUUGAUUUUGUUAUUGUUGAUUGCUGGAUCACCAUAAUUUAUCACAAAGAACAAAGAAGAUAACUGUGUUUACGUGAAAUUUCAUCAUCUUUGUUUUUUUCUUUAUAAAAUAUAUAAAUUUUAACAACAUAAAAAGAAAUUAUCAUCAUCACGGGGCGAAAAAUAUAAACGCACAAGCAGGCGCACUGGUGGAUACCCAGUGGAAGGGGCUGUUUAUAUGUGUUGAAAAAAGACACACGAGGUGAAAAAAAAAGAAGAAAAUAAAUAAGAUAAAAAAGAAAAUAAACAAAGAAGAAGAGAAAUAAAAAUAAACCAAGAGAAAAUAAUAAGUUUGUGUAUAGCAAAGUGGGGCCUUUGAACAUAAACAAUUUUGGCCCUUAAAGUGUUGAUAAUAAUUUUGUCAAUUUAAAUAUUAAUACAGCUCCAUAAACAAUUGGAUAUUGUUAUAUUAUUAUUAAAUAAAUUUUGAUAAAUCAAUCAAGUGCACAAUGUCGUCACCAAGUGCAGGAAAACGACGAAUGGACACUGAUGUUAUCAAAUUAAUAGAGAGUAAACAUGAAGUAACUAUUCUUGGUGGACUAAAUGAAUUUUCAGUUAAAUUUUAUGGACCUCGUGGAACACCUUAUGAAGGUGGAAUAUGGAAAGUUCGAGUUCAUUUACCAGAACAUUAUCCAUUUAAAUCACCAUCAAUUGGAUUUAUGAAUAAAGUUUAUCAUCCAAAUAUUGAUGAAGUAUCAGGCACAGUGUGUCUUGAUGUUAUCAAUCAAGCAUGGACAGCACUUUAUGAUUUAUCAAAUAUUUUUGAAUCUUUUUUGCCUCAAUUGUUGACAUAUCCAAAUCCAAUUGAUCCAUUAAAUGGUGAUGCUGCUGCCAUGUAUCUUCACAAGCCUGAAGAAUACAAGAAAAAAGUUGCAGAUUAUGUAAGGAAAUAUGCAACAGAGGAAGCAUUGAGGGACCAGGAAAAUGGAGGAAAUGGCAAUGGAAUGUCAUCAGAUAGUGAAUCGUCAAUGAGUGAUUUUAGUGAAGAUGAAGCACAGGAUAUGGAAUUGUAACCAAAUAAUUUACAAUUCUUUAUUUAAAUAAUAAUAAUAAUAACAUCAAUUCACAAGAAUUUAUCAUGUAUAAUAUUCAAUUGUUAAAAAAAUACCAAACAAAAAUGAUAACAACAAUUGAUGAAUGCAAAACAAAUAGAUACUAGCUUAAAAUAUUAUUAUUAUUUUUUUUUUUUGAUAGAUAAAGUUUAAUUGAUGAGAGAAUGUUGUAACAGAUUUAUAAAGUCUUAAAAAAAUGAUAAAUUUAUGAAGUAGAUUUGUUCAGGUUGUGCUCGAAACUUGACUGAAUCGUCGCAGCAACGAAUAAAAUAUAUAAAAAAAAAGAACACCGCUUGGAUGAAGUCAUUUUUAUGAUUAUUCAAAAAAGUAAGAAAGAAUAAUUUUUAGCAAUUAAGUUUUGUUUUGUCUAGUUAAUUUCUAGACUAGGUUUAAAAAAAUUAUAUUCAUUAAUUGUUGGGGGAGAUAGGGAGGCAGGCAUCCGAUAUUUUUGGGGUCAAUCGAAUAGUAGUUUUAUUUUUUUUAUAAAAUUAUCAUAAUAAAUUAACACUAGGAGGAAAAGUCUAUAAUACAUUUUAAAAAUAAUAAUUUGUUAAAAUCGCGAUGCCUUUGUCUGUUUUUUUUUUUUUUUUAAAUAAAUUAAUUUGUUUAUUUAUUUUUUUUUUUUGUGGUGAAAAAAAAAAUUGAAAAUUGGGAUAAGCAAUUUGAGGAAAAAAGAAAAAAAAAACGAAAUUAAAAAGACGCAAGUGUUGUACAGUAGUGUAUUUACUAUUAACGAAGAUAAAAAUUUAUUUAAAAAUUAAAAAAAAUAAUAAUAAUUAAAUAAACUUUCGUCUUUGGAUAUUGUAAUGAAACAGGCUUUAUUAUAAUCACAAAAUGAAUCAAUUUAAUCUGUAUCUUAUAAUUAUUUUUUUACUUAAAACAGAAAAAUAUAUUUAAAAAAAAAAAAUUAGCCAAGAAUUAUUGUUUUUUAUCAUAAGUUAUUUUUAUCUUUUAUCUAUUUUGGUUAUAUUAAUUCUCCCAUUAAAUAAAAUCAUGAAAAAAAAAAAAGUUAUUAAAUAAUCACUGAGCAACAGACAUCAAUUAAAUUUUUUUAAAAAUAAUUAUUGAAAUUUAUUUUUCAAUUAUUAAUAAAUGUGUUCGAAAUAAAAAUUUCACAUAAAUAUAUUACGUAGUAAUUGUUAUAUAAAUAAAGUUGAUAAUUGUACAAUAAGUAAGUACCAAUAUUUUGGAGUUAAAAAAAAAAUUUUAAUUAUAAAAAAAAAAAAGAUAAACAAUCAUUAAAUUUGAAAUGUGUGAAAGAAUAUUUGUUUGGCUGCUCAAUAAAUAUUUUGUUUCGUUUCCUUUUUUUUUUUUUUUUUUAAUAAUAAAUAUUUGUUGUAAAAAAAAAAAAAAAAAAACUGCCUUGGAUAUUUUUGUUUGUGUUUUUCUCUUGCAAUUUGUUAAUAAUUAAAAAAAAUAAUUAUCAGAAAUUUGUGUCUAUUUUUAAAUUCAAGGCAAAUUAAAAUUUAAAAAUUAUAUUAUUGUCAAAUAAAAUUGAGUGCCAUACUCUUACAAGUUGAAAUAAAAAAUCCAAGGUUUAUCUUCGUGACAGUUACACACAGCUGUAUCAAAAUUUAGGAAAAUUUUAAAUCAGAUUUAAAAAAAAAAACAAACAAGACAAAAUUAAUAUCGUUAUAUCCAACUUUUCGUGAUAUAAAAAAUAUAGCAACAAUAACCAGAAAUA